CUCUAAGCUAGGAUCUGCAAAUGUCAAAUUUGGCUUUCCACUCUCCACUAAUAAUUGAUUAUCACAAGUGACACCAGGAAUCAACAAGGCACAGCUGAGGUUUCGCACUUCAUCUCAGCUCAUUUUCAAUGAGAGCUACCUCGACCAUCUAUCCACCUCCCGCUUCUUGCGGGCAGGCGUUACUCUCGUUCUAGCACUGUGCUUCCUGGGCACUCUCUUUUCACAUUGGGAUCGACGACAGCCGCGCAACCAUGCCCUCCUACGUCCUCACGACCCUUCAAGCCGCAGUCUUGUCCGGCAUCUCCAACAUGCUCGCCCAAUUCAUUAAGGCAUAUCGCGAGGAGCGCCCAUACCGAGUCUCCAUCCGCCCACUCCUCCAAUUUGUAAUCUUCACGAUCCUCUCCUGCCCGCCCAACAUCCUCUGGCAAGACUUCCUUGAAGAGAAGUUCCCAGGCUACACAUAUUCGACGACAACCUCCGAGAGGGUCCUCGACCGUCCCAACACGGCACGGAAGCUGCUCUUCGACCAGACACUCGGCGCAUUCGUGAAUACAAUAGCCUUUGUGGCCGGGAUGGCUGCAUUCAAGGGAAAGACCGCGGUGGCUGUACGCCGUGAUGUUGAGAGGGAUACCAUUCCACUCAUGAUCAACGGCUGGAAACUAUGGCCCGUAGUGGCCCUGAUCAACUUCGUCUUCGUGCCCGUCAACCGUCGGAUCAUUGUCGGUAGUUUCGUCGGUCUCUUCUGGGGUAUCUACCUGAGUCUAUUUGCGGCGUUGGAUUGAGCACCCACGGAAUGAAGAGUUGACAAACGAAUACACGAGGAAAGACCUGAUCCGAAGAGAUAAAUAUCCGAAAAGCAAGGCAGCUACGGGCCUAGAGCAACUCCAGGCGGCCUCGGUGGAUUGCUGCGUGCAUAUACAUUGCAAGAAGGGAGGUAUGGACAUUGCAUAGAAGGCGCGGAUCCGGCUUCUCAUCUCUACCACCCCGUGUGCUGUUCGACACUCAUGCACUCAUCUUGGUCACACUGUCAACGUGACGCCUACGCCUACGACACGACAACGACCCGAAAGAAUUUCCGCACAACCCGAUUCACGAAGAAGGCAGCUACCAUGACUG